CCCAGCCCCCCUGCAGCAGCAGCGAGGCCUCGGCGCGGGAGGAGGAGGAGGAGGAGGAAGAUGAGGACGAGGAAGACGAGGACGGGACCGGCUCGGAGGCCUCGGAGGACGCGGGGCCCCCCCGGCAGCUGAACGGGGAGGGCCGGGGGGGGCCCCCCCUGCGCCCCCCGGGGCAGCCGCCCUCCGAGCGGCCCCCCCAGCCCAAGGCCUGCGCCCCGGGGGAGGGGGGCUGCCAGCACAUGGCCCCCCUCAAAAAGGAGGGGGCCUUCGGGCAGCCCGACAGAGCAGUGUCCCCGGCGCUGGCGGGGGCUGAGCCCUCGGUGCCGCUGUCCCCGGGCAGGCCGGGCCCCCAGGCUGCCGAGGGGGCCCCGUUCAGCUGCACGGCCGGGCGCAAGGACAAGGCCGUGGACCCGGUGGAGUGGUCGGUGCGGGACGUGGUCGAGUACUUCACCGAGGCCGGCUUCCCCGAGCAGGCCGGGGCCUUCCAGGAGCAGGAGAUCGACGGCAAGUCGCUGCUGCUGAUGCAGAGGGCCGACGUGCUCACGGGGCUCUCCAUCCGCCUGGGCCCCGCGCUCAAGAUCUACGAGUACCACGUGAAGCUGCUGCAGCGCAGCCACUUCCAGGACGAGGAGCCCCCCCCGGAGCCCUUCCCGGCCUGAGAGACCCCCCCGGACCCGCGGGGACCCCCCCGGACCCGCAGGGACCCCCCCGGACCCGCGGGGACACCCCGGUAUCCGGGAGGGCUCCUCCCUCCCCCCGCUGCUGCACACAGAGACUUUGGGGGGUGGCUGGGGGUCGGGGGGGUCCGACCCCUUUUUGGGGGGGGUCCCACCCCUUUUUGGGGUGUCCCACCUCUCUUUAGGGUCCCACCUCUAACUUGGGGGGUCCUGCUCUCAUUUGAGGGGUCCCACCUCGCUUUGAGGGGGUCUCAUCUCUGUUUUGGGGGGGGGUCCCAUCUCUCUUUGGGGGUCCCACCCCUAUUUUGGGGCUCCCGCCCCUCUUUGAGGGGUCUCUCUUUUGGGGGGACACCCCUCUUUUUGGGGGGUGUCACCCUUCAUUGGAGGGGCUUCUCUUUGGGGGGGUCAUUUCUCCUUUGGGGGGUCCCACCCCUCUUUUGGGGGGCUUCCCCUUGGAGACCCCUCUUUCAGGGGGGGUCACUUCUCUUUAGAGGGGUCCUCCCCUCUCUUUUGGGGGGGUCACCCCUCUCUUUUGGGGGUCUCCUCUCUCUGGGGAGCACUGGGAGUGGGGACACCCCGCUCCUUGUGGGGUCACCCCUCUUUUGGGGGGUCCCUCUGGGGGCGGGGUCACCCCUCCUUGAGGGAGCCCCCUUUUUAGGGGAUCCCCCUUUUCUUGGGGGGGAUUUUUACCGC